CCGUUCGCCUCGAAGCUGUAGAAGUGACAUGAAAGUUUUGUUUUGUCAGUAUUUAUAGUUCCUCCAGUGUGCGUUGCGAUGGAUGUAGAUAAAGAAAAGAGGAAUUCAGAAACACUCGGAAACCUCUCGUCAUCAAGAGGUUAUCCAAGGGGACCCUGGCACAGUACUCCUGUGAAAAAGAAUCUUUUUGGUCCUAAUGAAACCCCUGAGGUUUCCUCUGCCAAACUGAGAGACGUAAACAGAACAAGACUUGCCGGCUUUACUCCUCAAAACCUCUCAAAACCUUUGCCCUACAUCUCAUCACAAGAUUUCCAGACACCAGUUAAAGGAUUAGAGAUCUCCACCAUGCAGAGGCAGAGACUGGAGCUACAACUGUUGAUAGCAGAACUGAAGGAUCGUGACCAGGAGCUCAACGCCAUGGCUGCAGCCCAUCAAAAGCAGCUUCUCUCCUGGGAGCAGGACCGUCAGAGAGUUCUGAUACUGGAACAGAGAUGUGCCAGGCUGGAGGAUGAGCUCCAGAAGCGUAAUGAGAUGAUCAGAGCUCUUAGCAAGAACACGAAGGUGGUGGAAGCGAGAGAGAAGGACGCUUAUCGAGAACUCAACAGCACUCAACAGCAGCUACACGAGCUGAAUCAGACGCAACUGAAUACCAGCAGACACCAGCAAGACCUGGAGGAGAAGAACCAGAGUCUGAAUUCGACUAUCAUGAGGUUGUCAUCACAAGUGGGACACCUGCAGGCUCGAGAGGAGGAACUCGGUACAACGCUCAGGCUGAAGGACAAAGAUAUGAUUGAGGCAACCAGUCACAUUUUAGAGCUCUCUGGUCGUCUAUGUGAACUUGAGAAAUCACUGGAUGAUCUGCGAACGCGUGAGAGCAAAGCGCAGCGAGAGACAGACGAGCACAAAAACUGUUUCAGAGAGAGCAGACACGAGAACACACAGCUGAAGGCGGAACUUCGGGAGAAAACCAUGGAGAAUAACAGACAGACAGAAGAACUCAUUCGCUUGAAACAAGAGAACCAGCUGUUGAGGAAAGAUCUCUCUAGCGCCGAGCUUCAGCUUCUGAAUGAGGAUAAAAGCUGGAAGGAUGAAUUACUGGAGUUAUCCCGAUCAAAACAAGCCCGAUCCGAAUCUGAGCUGCUGUGUCUGCGACAGGUGUGUGAUAACCAGCAGAAUGACCUGCAGCUGUUGAAGUUGAACUUGGAGAGUGUCCGGGAGACACUGCGACAUCAAGAGGGUCAAAGGUCGCUUGGGAGGACUGAUUCUGGUUUAGGAGCCAGUCAUGAGAUAGAAUACAGUGAUCAACAGGAAACAGAAAUAGACACAGGCUUGAUAUCCAGCCUCCAGAAUCACAGCACAGGCAGAGAUGUUCCCUCAGAUUUUACACAACAUCCUAUCGUUGAAGCAGAAACACAGACUGACUAUGUGUGUGACUUUGACCGCACAAAAACCCCUGUAGUCACAGAACAGGCAGCAGUAGGAAAUGCUGUAGAAAACAACGCUAAAGACACCUGUGCAUUGAGCCAGGGUACUAUCUGUGAAGAAGAGAGGACCGAAAAGGAAAACCCUGCAAAAGAGAACAGUUGUGAUGAGUCUGGUAACACAAGAGACAUUCAAACUCACCGCGUGUAUUGUGAGCCUGGUGCUGGUCUGGAUUUUGUGGCUGUCAUUGACUUUGACCCAGACACGGGAACUCCUGUGUGUGUUGUUGACGUGGAUGUCAGUCAAAUAUUUUGCGCUACAGAUCUGAGCCAUCUUCACUUGGAUUGCCCCUCCCCCUUACCUGAAAGUGGGCGUGGCCCCAGUCGUUUACACGAAUCUGCAUUAUGCAUUGAGUUCUUUGGCAAUGAGGAGGGCUACAGCUCAUCCACGAGUCGCUUACAGCGUUUGCUGGCCGAGUCUCGGGAAAUGGUGGCAACUUUAGAAAACUCUUCCGGGAAACCUGUCAGCAGGACGCAAAGCCCCACAAACACUAAUGCUGUCUGUCAACCCCAAAGUAGCCACGACAACGGCAGUCACCACUCCCAGUCCUCCACCGCUAGUCAAGAGGACAGCAAAAGAAGCCCGGAAAGUGACUUGUAAUGCAAAACAAGUCCACAUUUACAUCGAGGAGAUGAAGAGUGUAAAGCCACGGGGACAUGUGAGCUCCUGUUAUCAUCACUGCUUCUAAAAAAUAAAGUUUGACAAGCAAAGAAGAGUAUUGCAAAACCAAAAGUA